AUCACCGCGUUACCUUCUCAUGAAUUAUUAAACACUCUGUUUUUAGCCCGGCUCCACACGCUGAAUUUCUUUUUUUUUUUUUGUGCCCGUCGAUCUCCGGCAGCGUGUAAAAAAGUGUUUACUUAUUCAUCUUGGAUAUUUCUGGGGGUCGUACUUUCUGGCUGGCGUAUCGCGGCGGGGUAAGCGAGCGCGUGUGAGCUGAUCAAGGAGUGAGACAAGUGUCGGGGAGAGCGAAGCAGCAUCAGCGUCAGCAUCAGCGCUCUGGUCACACGGAUCGGCGCUUGCGAGGCAGCAACACUCUCAGUCACGGCGCGGGCGGCAGCGGCAGCAGAGGCAUCCAACUCUCCUCUCUCUUCCUCCUGGAGUUGCGUGGCGCUCUGAGGGACACCCGGCCGGGGAGUCGCGGGAGAAAGUCAUCCGAGGGGCUGUUGGGGAAACAGGAAAAACCAAAACGCAGACCUGGCUGCCUCCAUGCCUAUCGAAUUUGUGUGCAAAAUCAAGUUUGCAGAGGAGGAUGAGAAGCAGAAAACCAAGCAGGACGGGGACAAGGAGAGUCUGAUCGAGGAGCGCUGCGCGAACCCGGCCAAGGACUUGGCCGGGUUCGCCAACUCCUGCUCCCUGCAUGGGAUUAAUCACAUCUUUGUCUCGGGUCGUCUCGGCAUCCGGCAGACUCUGUGGGCUCUCGCCUUCCUCACCUCGCUGGCGUUAUUCAUCUACCAGGCGGCAAAGUGUGCCAUCUCCUACCUGGAGCACCCGCACGUCACCGCCCUGAACGAGGAGGCCAGCCCGGAGAUGGUCUUCCCCGCCGUGACCAUCUGCAACAUCAACCGCUUCCGCUUCUCCGCGCUCACCGACGCCGACAUCUACCACCUGGCGAACCUGACGGGGCUGCCCCCCAAAAAUCGGGACGGUCACAAGCCCACGGACCUCAUGUACCCGGCGCCGGACAUGCAGGACAUCUUCAACCGGACGGGGCAUCAGCUGGAGGAGAUGCUGAUGAGCUGCAACUUCAGCGGGCAGAACUGCACAGCCGACGACUUCACCGUGGUUUACACCCGGUAUGGGAAAUGCUACACCUUUAAUGGGAACAAGACCACGUCCAGGAAAAGCAAGCAAGGUGGAAUGGGGAAUGGGCUGGAGAUCAUGUUGGAUAUCCAGCAGGAUGAAUAUCUGCCAAUAUGGAGGGAGACAAACGAGACGUCUCUGGAGGCCGGGAUCCGGGUUCAGAUCCACAGUCAGGACGAGCCGCCGUACAUCCACCAGCUGGGCUUCGGAGUCUCGCCGGGCUUCCAGACCUUUGUUUCAUGCCAAGAGCAAAGGUUGACCUACCUGCCCCAGCCCUGGGGGAACUGCCGCUCCAGCAGCAAUGAGAAGUUCCCAGGAUACGACACGUACAGCAUCAGUGCCUGUCGCCUGCUCUGCGAGACCAACGAGGUGGUGCGGGUGUGCAACUGCAGGAUGGUGCACAUGCCCGGAAGCGCUGAUAUCUGUCCUCCCAGUAAAGUCAACUGCGUUGACAAAGCUCUUGCCCAGCUCCAAAAGAGCAGCGGGGACAGCUGCCCGUGUGAGACGCCCUGUAAUCUCACUCGGUACGGCAAAGAGCUCUCCAUGGUCAAAAUCCCCAGCAAGGGCUCGGCUCGCUAUCUCUCCAGGAAAUACGACAAGUCCGAGGACUACAUCAGAGACAACUUCCUGGUCUUGGACAUCUUCUUUGAGGCGUUAAACUAUGAAACCAUCGAGCAGAAGAAAGCGUACGACGUUGCAGGUUUAUUAGGUGACAUUGGUGGACAGAUGGGUCUUUUCAUUGGUGCCAGUAUCCUGACCUUCUUAGAAAUACUCGAUUAUAUCUACGAGGUCAUCAAGCAGCGAUUACGUCGUCUCCUGAGAUCCCGGAAGGAGGAGAAGAAGAGCAAAGAGCAGCAGCCCAGCACUGUUGCGACACUCAGUCUGGAGGACAACAAAACAGAGGAGCCCAACGCGACGACACGGAGUCACCCGGAGGGGGCGUACGCCAACACCAUGCUGCCCAACCACCACCACCACCCUCACCACCACCACACGGGGCACCACGGGGUGUUUGAGGACUUCACCUGCUAGAGCCGACUGUACUUUGUUUUUGUUUUUUCUUUCCUCCAUAGUUUCCUUUGCAUUGACAAGGAAAGAAGAUCCCCCCUCCCCCCGCAGUGAAAAGCUCCAGCCAAAGUCCGACACCCAACUUGUGCUGCUAACCAACCACGCGUGUGUACAGUAAAUACCAGGGGUCACCAACGUGGUGCCCGCGGGCACCAGGUAGCCCGUAAGGACCAGAUGAGUCGCCCGCUGGCCUGUUCUAAAAAUAGCUCAAAUAGCAGCACUUACCAGUGAGCUGCCUCUAUUUUUUAAAUUGUAUUUAUUUACUAGCAAGCUGGACUCAAUUUGCUCGACAUUUUUCAUUCUAAGAGACAAAACUCAAAUAGAAUUUGAAAAUCUAAGAAAAUAUUUUAAAGACUUGGUCUUCACUUGUUUGAAUAAAUUCAUUUAUUUUUUUUUAUUUUGUUUCUUAUAAUCUUCAGAAAGACAUUUUUAGAGGAAAAAAUAUACAACCUUAAAAAUGAUUUUAGGAUUUUUAAACACAUAUACCUUUUUACCUUUUAAAUUCCUUCCUCUUCUUUCCUGACAAUUUAAAUCAAUGUUCAAGUAAUUUUCUUUUUUUUUUUAUUGUAAAGAAUAAUACAUUUUAAUUUAAUUCUUCAUUUUAGCUUCUGUUUUUUUCGACGAAGAAUAUUUGUGAAAUAUUUCUUCAAACUUAUUAUGAUUAAAAUUCCCCAAAAAUUAUUCUGGCAAAUCUAGAAAAUCUGUGGAAUCAAAUUUAAAUAUUAUUUCAAAGUCUUUUGAAUUUCUUUUUAAAAAUGUUGUUCGGGAAAAUCUAGAAGAAAUAAUGAUUUGUCUUUGUUAGAAAUAUAGCUUGGUCCAAUUUGUUAUAUAUUCUAACAAAGUGUAGAUUGGAUUUUAACCUAUUUAAAACAUGUCAUCAAAAUUCCAAAAUUGAUCUUAAUCAGGAAAAUUUAUUAAUGAUGUUCCAUAAAUUUUUUUUUAAUUUUUCAAAAAGAUUCAAAUGAGCUAGUUUUUCCUCUUCAUUUUUUUCGGCUGAAUUUUGAAUUUUAAAGAGUCGAAAUUGAAGAUAAACUAUGUUUCAAAAUUACGUUUUCAAUUUUUUUCCUGUUUUCUCCUCCUUUAAACCGUUCAAUUAAGUGUUUUUUUCAUCAAUCAAUCAAUCAAUGUUUACUUAUAUAGCCCUAAAUCACUAGUGUCUCAAAGGGCUGCACAAACCACUAUGACAUCCUCGGUAGGCCCACAUAAGGGCAAGGAAAACUCACACCCAGUGGGACGUCGGUGACAAUGAUGACUAUGAGAACCUUGGAGAGGAGGAAAGCAAUGGAUGUCGAGCGGGUCUAACAUGAUACUGUGAAAGUUCAAUCCAUAAUGGAUCCAACACAGUCGCGAAAGUCCAGUCCAAAGCGGAUCCAACACAGCAGCGAGAGUCCCGUUCAUAGCGGAGCCAGCAGGAAACCAUCCCAAGCGGAUGCGGAUCAGCAGCGCAGAGAUGUCCCCAGCCGAUACACAGGCAAGCAGUACAUGGCCACCGGAUCGGACCGGACCCCCUCCACAAGGGAGAGUGGGACAUAGAAGAAAAAGAAAAGAAACGGCAGAUCAACUGGUCUAAAAAGAGAGUCUAAAAAGGGAGUCUAUUUAAAGUCAUUUAUUCCCUACAAAAAACCUUUCAUAAAAGGAAAAAAAAAUGUACGACAGAAUGACAGACAGAAAUACCCAUUUUUUUUAUAUAUAUAGAUUUAUUUAUUAAAGGUAAAUUGAGCAAAUUGGCUAUUUCUGGCAAUUUAUUUAAGUGUGUAUCAAACUGGUAGCCCUUCGCAUUAAUCAGCACCCAAGAAGUAGCUCUUGGUUUCAAAAAGUUGGUGACCCCUGCUAUAUAGCCACAGAUUGGACACCAUUUUUUAUUUUUUUAUUUUUUUCUUCACCUGGAUCGGACCAUCUUGCCUCUGGUUUGCGUUCUUAGGACCAACUUUUGCAAAGGAUUCUUUCUCUACAAGAAAACAAGAGGAGGGCUGCAUGACCCCUUCAUCCAAUUUAUAUAGAGUG